UCACACUGCUCUUGACGGACGACUAAGGACUGCCCGAGAGGAACCGAUGGGGAAGCUUUCGAAUGUCCUUUUCGUUGGCCACAACGGCUUCAAACAAUUUCGUGACGACACGAGAUUGCCAUCAUUGGAUUUUGCCGAAAUCGAUAUUGAGCCUCAUAGUGAUUACUUCGAAGGCAAGUCCAUCAGGGCAGUCGCCGCCCUAGCGUUCAGCGCUCUUGCGGCCGGAAAGAAGGCGGUCUUUAGAGGUUUCAUUGGAGGAGAGGAAAGGAGUCUGUGCCAUGAGUUCUCUGAAGAAAUUCGCGAUUUAUCCUGCAAUACAAAACAUUGUCUUGUAUUGCUGAGAAAUGGGCAACUCUAUCAGUUUUCUGUGGAGAAGAAUCAAAUGAUUAUGCUGAAUUUCAUCUCCACCGAGGACAGCUCUGAACAGAAGAACCAAAUCACGCAUGUUGCUUGCGGAGAGACGAAAAACAUUGCAAUUACCAAUCAAAAUGCUGUCUACGAUAUUCCUUCCAAGAUUCACAAAUUCGAGAAGCACGUGAAGAUUCAAAAGAUCUCUUGCGGUCAUGAGCACGCACUCCUUCUCACAAAGAACGGAGAUGUUUACUCUUGGGGAAAUGGAUUGCGAGGGCAAUUGGGACAUGGCAGCUUGGAAAAUCACACGAAACCUGAACUGAUUGAGGCACUGAGUGGAAUCAAAAUCCUGGACAUUAGCGCUGGAGGAUGGCACAGCGCUGCAGUCUCAGCUUUUGGAGAUCUCUACACUUGGGGAUGGAAUGUCAGUGGACAACUGGGAAAACCCGUGACAAAUCCUUCGUCUUCUGUCGCAGACUUCACCCCGAUCGUGUAUUGCACUCCGGAAGUAAUAGAUCUUCCUCAGGAUGGCGAAGAUAGUGACUUGGACUCACAACUGAAGGUUUCUUCCGUUGCGUGUGGCAAUCAACACACUUUUAUCAAGACUGAAUGUGGCAAAAUUCUUUCAACGGGACAUAACAAGUUCGGACAAUUGGGACUUAAGGAAUGUGGGAAAAAUGAUUAUGUAGAUAAGUUUUCAAUAGUCAGGGAAAAUGCAGUCGAAUGUUCUGUAUCUUGUUGCAUGUACUGUACAUUCUUUAUGUUGUCUCGGCUAUAAGUUGUGUACUAAAAAACUUAGCCGCAGCUUCUCUGAUGAAGAUGGCGCUUGUAUAAAUGUGUUUAAACUUAUAUGCUGAAUAAAAGAUCCAACUGUAGUGGAAUCA